AACUAUGAUGGCUAUAUCCCAGAUUAUUGCCUUAGCCUAGUAAUGUAUAAUGCUAUUGAUUCAUACCACCACGCAAGGACAUUGUUAUUUAAUGUCGUGAAUGAAAUAGGACUUCUUAUUUUAUUCCUUAUCAGGUCCUGCUCAUUGAGAUAAGAAUUCCAAGGAAACUGAACCAGUCGGCCCACAUUUUUGUAAACAGGAAAGCGGAAGCUGUCUUCUUGAGCGUUUGAACAAAGAUGGACGUGAGCUAGCAGAGUAGAUGAUACUUUUUAAAGAAAAAACAUUACUUUAAAUGUUAUCUUACAAUUGCCGAAACUUGGUGGUUUAAAAUGUACGAACCACUUCUUACGGCACUGUUCAAGUGAUCGCUAGUCUAGCUAGUGUUCGGGCUAUCUUAUUGCUAAUGUAAGCUGGCUAGAAGUUAGCAUUUUUUAAAUAGACAAUGCAUUCCCUUGCCAGCUAAGUAACAUUAAUUUACGUUAGCUAUAGCUAGCUAGUCGGUUAGCUAACAUUAACUACAUAGUUUUAAGUUGUGGUUAAAUAUAUAUAUUUCCAGCUAGACUAAGAGCUGCUAGCUAUCGGUUGCAACAUUUAAACAGCACUCCAGCUGGCUAGCAAUCCAAAUGUAGAUGGCUAACAAGUUCUCCAAUGUCAGCAUGUGAGCUAACUUGCACAUUGGAACGCCUUUGUUAGCUAGGUCCUGCUCUUGUUUUCAUUUAAAGUGUUUCGGUGCAUGUUCGUGAAUAUGACAUUUUUAUUAGAUAACGUUUGCAACUUGUGAUACUUAUUUCUGAAGCUAAGUUGCCGAAUUAUGGCGCGACAUGGAAACUCAGAAUAAACUGAAGAUUGGUAACAAGAAAAGGGAGACUAAUACUUCGGCAAUGUCGACACAUGCCCGUCAAACUGCAAAUUCGGUUUUAGGUAGCGAGGUGUCGCUUUCUUUCCAGGAUGAACUGGCGGCGACAAUACAUGGUGCGUUUGAAGUGGCGGUGGAAAUUGCAGUGUUGGAGAUCACUAAACUGGUCGGUCAGGCCCUAGGAGAUGUUCGUGACCAAAUGCAUGAAACAUUACGGGAGAACAAGUCGCUCAAGCAGCGUUUGCAAGCAGCUGAGUUAGAGCUCAGUGUCCGUGAUACAUGCAAAGUGGGGGACGAGAGUCAAGCGCAGAUUGUGGUAACUGUGGGUAACGUCAGCUCAACUGCUCAAAUGCCACCAAGUCAAAAGUCACCGAGCCCUCAACUAAACAGCAAAUUGAAAACAGGGAAAGACAAACUACAGAAGGACGACAAAACAAAAGUUAAAUUCCAAAUCGGGGCUUCAUCGAGUGUUGCGAUUGAAGAAAGUUACGGGUUUUUGGCUGCACCCGCUGAAACAAGUACAAGACACAACGGGUCAUUUAGUGAAAUCCGGGAGGAUGGCCGAGUAUGCUCUCAAGAGCUGGACCCUAGUCUGGGAGAACCAGUCGCAAGCCAGGAAGUUGUCACAGAUGUCAAGGGGAGUUCACCUAAACUCUACUCUGAGAACCUGGUGAAUUUUAAUCCAGAGGCUGCCACAGCAUUGGGCAGCACAUCAUCUCUAUGCACUGGCUCAGGAAGUUCUGAAGUGGAGCAGGUGAAGGUAAAGGAAGAGAAGUCUGAGCUAGACCAUCAUUCUGAGUCUGGUUCUGGCUCCAGUGCUGGCUCCAGUGCUAGCAUAGCUGAAGAGGAUCAUUUUAACCCGGAUAGCCUCUCUCUAGCUCAGUCCAAACUGCUUGAAGACUGGCGGCCUGAGCCACUGCAUCUUCAGAGCUGCAAUACUGAACCUCUGGUUCCCUGCACCAGCCUGUCACUGUCUGACCCUCCCAUCUUUGCCCCAGAUGCUCCUGAUCAGAGCACCCUUGCACCAGCAGUCAGUGCCCCUUCCAUCUUCCCCUCUAACUUCUCAAACUCCUACCAGCCUGCAGAGACAGUGGGACUCUCCACCUCACAGCUGCCUUAUGCUGGCCAGAUUGGCAGCACAAACUCUGCCUCAAUUGCGCCUCCCAGAAUGCACGUCUGCAAGGUCUGUGGAGAAGCAUUCCACCUGCCGGGGGAGCUGCGCCGACACCACAGCCAGCGCCACAACCCCAAACCCAGAAAUCCCAAACGGCAGAUCUUUCCCCCGGGACGCAGCCCUUACCACUGCACCCAGUGUGGCCGCGACUUCAACCGCAUGGAGAACCUGAAGACCCACCUGCGCAUCCACACAGGGGAGCGACCAUAUACCUGCUCUGUGUGUGGCAUGCGCUUCCGCCACUCGGGGGCGCUCACAAGGCACUUCCGUAUUCACACCGGCGAAAAGCCCUACGCCUGUAGUCAGUGUGGCAAGACUUUCCGCAACUGCGGGGGACUCCGAUUCCACCAGCGCUCGCACACCAGGGAAGGGCAGGGCAUGGUGGACUGAGGCAGGAGAUUUCACUGGAGAAAUUUGAACUGAGCAUCACUGACCGGGACCCUUGGUGGGGAAGUAGAGUGGCCCUACUCAGACCUGCGAGACAAGGUUGCUAGAUUACAUUUCCAUGCCACACUAGAUUAAUUGUGCCAGAUUUGACUCAGUAUUCACUCACAUGGAAUUUGGCAUUGAUUUUAACUCACUGAUUUGUGAUCAUGUGGUAAGCUGAUUAAUGUCAGUGCUAGGAGUGGAUAAGACGUUUAAGUGCACUGCUAAAAGGAACGGCAUCACUGAAAGUUUGGGGUUUAUAAAGAUGAAUUGGCACUCUAUAGAGCUGCACAGGUUUGCUGUCUGACAAUUGUUGUUCUGCCCCGCCCCCUUUUAAUAUUUGUGUUUUUUAAAGUUUGAACACUAAAAUGUAUUAAACUUGAGAAACACUCUA